CUCAAACAAAACAAGCUCCCAUUGAGGAGACCAGAGAAGAUGACUGUUUAGUUAUAAUUACUAUUAUUAACGUAAUUCUUACACCGCAAGGGCGGUGUCUAAUUACCUAUAUUGCAGGCCUGCUUGCACCAUCAACAUUCCCACCUAGGUGAGCCGCAUUUAGCUCGAGAAGUUCUAUACGACGACCGCAUUCUUCCCAGCAAUAUUUAUUUCGAUGAAGGCUUGUUUAAGAGACAUGGAUUUCACAUCCUUCGUAAAGUAUGGGGAGAACGAUCUGCAACCCGAGACUCCCCAUCUAUCAAUCAGCCUGCACGGCCCCAUCGAACUCUCGCUUACUCCUCUUCCAUACCCAAUCCGUUUCAUCAUCCUGCGCCUGGCCAAGAACGACGCCACGGAUUCCCGGCCGUGCUUCUUCCGUUUCGACCCUUCCCUCGACGCCUUCUCUCCCCAUGGCCUCGUCCUGCUGCGACAUACUUGGAACCGCGGUCGCGGCGGCUUGCAACUAGUCCCAGUUGACCAUAACCAAAGCGCAGUUGGCACCCCUGCAGGUCAAGAGUUUGAAGACAAUAGUCAGUUCAUAUUCGAGCUCGCCUCCCCAGGGGACGAGGUCAGCCUCACCGCGACGCUGCCCGAACAGUUCUACCGCGCUAUGGGGAGGGAUUUGCAUGUGUUUACGCUGCUUUUUCCCGGCGACGACUCGGUGCCCUGGGGCUGGGGGACGAUACAGGGUGGUGUUGUUCGACGGGCUUUGAAGGGGGAAAAUGCUGGGCAAAUGGUGGUGCCUGGCGGUGCGCGGCUCAAUCUCAAGGCCAACUACUUUAGCGAGUAUCGCACUGCAGAUUGGCCGUGGUUUCAGCCAGCUACCCUGGCGGAGCCAUCAGAGAGAAUUCCUGGUGCACCGUACUUCACGGUCACGGUCAAGGGCUCGACAUCUGUCAAAUGCUACGAUCGCAUCACCGUGACCCUCGUGUUCACGUAUCACGGUGUCACCGGGACGAACGGCAGCCUAGAGGUGUCUACAGCACCCCCGGUAACGUUCCACUCUUGGGCACUUACUUCGUCACGAGACUUCACUUUCCAAGUGCAGAGACGUCGGGGGGCAGGGAGCGAUUGGGAGGACUGCCAGGUUCUCGAAGACUUCUCAUGCUGCGGGCCUGGGCCGGGGCGUGCCUAUGACGAACCCGACCUGGAGGUUUCCAUCGGGCAGCAGGACGAGGACUUUACGAGUUUGCGUCCAGGCGAAUCAUGGACAGAGACGGAGUGGCUAAACGACUGGCCAGAUGUUUCUUUACCCCGAGACUCAAUGCCUGGCGAUCAAUUUCGUGGCCGGGUGAAGAGGUCGGGAGUUUUAGACUGGUGGGAUUGGGGCACAAUGGAGGAGCACAGAGAGACAGUGGUGAAACUGCCUUGUUUCGUCAAAGGAUAUGUGACAGAACCGAAGGAUAUUGGAGGACGGCCAAAGUUGGUGGUGCCAGCGUCGGAAUGGUUCGAGUUCACGCUUAUUGAGUAAUUUUAUGACUCUCUCAUGUCGAACUCAAUGGCUCCCUCUCGCUGGCUACCGCCCCAUCCUGUCGGCGACGGCGUCGUGAAAUCCAGAGCAGGGCACCCUGCACGAUAGCGAACACCAUAUAAUCCACCGAGACAAAGCUCACACAAUAAUACCACGAUACCAUCAUAUGACCAGGACCCGGCGAUCGCAAGCGCCACA